GGCAACCAAAUCCAUUCACUAAGAACAAAAAUACAAUCGAAUCUACUCAUCUUUCCACUAAAAACACAAAAAAUCUUCGAACUCCACGACAAUUAAUUUCUUGGUAGUUCAUCUUCUGAAAAUCCAAUAAUGGCUCUAUACUUAUCUAAAUCCGGAAAACAUUUGCCCAAUUUGAAACAAAAAUUUGGUUUACUGAGAAGGAUCAACAACAACCUCAGUUCAUGUUCAUGGAGUUGUUGUUUUCACCACCAAAAUCAGCCUUCUUUAUCCCCAAUCCCAAUUGGAAUAAUCCCAACCCUUUUCUCCUUUCGCCGUUUUGAAUCUUCUAAACCCGAUAAACACUUGGGUUCUCUGCAUAAUCAUGGUGGUGGUCAUCCUCAGGUACUGAAUUUUCCUGGGGGGAAAGUUAAGUUCACCCCGGAUUUGAAAUUCCUGUCGGACUACCCAGACGAGAGGGUUCAUUGCUACAGAGUUCUUGAUGGCAGUGGGCAGACAGUAGGCAGCAAUUUUGUACAGAUAGAGAAAGAUGUAGCUUUGAAGAUGUACAAAGACAUGGUUACUCUUCAAACAAUGGACACCAUAUUCUACGAGGCGCAGAGGCAGGGUAGAAUAUCUUUCUAUGUGACGGCAACCGGAGAAGAAGCCAUUAACAUUGCUUCUGCGGCUGCACUUACCAUCGAUGACCUUGUCUUUCCUCAGUACAGGGAGGCGGGAGUUUUACUUUGGAGGGGAUUUACGCUACAAGAGUUUGCACAUCAGUGUUUUGGAAACAAAUACGACAACGGUAAAGGCAGGCAGAUGCCUGCCCAUUACGGAUCCAACAAGCACAAUUAUUUCACAGUUGCUUCGACUGUUGCUACUCAAAUUCCUCAUGCUGUGGGUGCUGCUUAUUCUCUAAAAAUGGAUGGACGAGACGCAUGCACAAUUACUUAUUUCGGAGAUGGAGGCACUAGUACGGGAGAUUUUCAUGCUGCGAUGAAUUUUGCUGCUGUAAUGGAGGUACCGGUUAUACUGCUUUGCCGAAACAACGGAUGGGCCAUUAGCACCCCAGUUAGUGAUCAGUUUCGAAGUGAUGGCGUUGUUGUUAAAGGUCAGGCGUACGGAGUUCGUAGUAUCCGAGUCGAUGGUAACGACGCCCUUGCUGUCUUCAGCGCCGUUCAUUUCGCUCGGAAAAUGGCCAUUUCUGAAUCUCAACCUGUUCUCAUUGAGGCACUCACAUACAGAGCAGGACACCAUUCGACAUCUGACGAUUCUUCGAAAUACCGACCGAUAGAAGAGAUAGAAUGGUGGAAAGAAGCUCAAAAUCCCGUUGCAAGGUUUAGGAAGUGGCUUGAAGGACAAGGUUGGUGGGCCCCGACGUCCGAGUCAGAGCUACGAGAAUAUGCUCGUCACGAGGUAUUGCAAGCAAUUCAAGUUGCGGAGAAGGUAGAUAAACCGGAUCUUGCACAACUUUUCACAGACGUGUACGAUGUUCCACCGUCGAACCUAAUUGACCAAGAGAAAUCACUUCGAGAGUCUGUUGAAAGGCAUCCACACGAGUAUUCCCAUUAAUACAUUUUGGGCAAAGUACGGCCACCCCCUGAGGUAUGGCCAAAUUACGAGAAAAAAAACCCUCUUGUUUGGGUAAUUACAGCCACCCCCUCCUUUUAAAUAUUUUUAUAUAAAAUUUAUGCAAUUUGGUUUAUUUACCGAACCAAAUCGUAUAUUCAGAUCGGUAAACGGUAUGAAAUGUUGGCGUACCAAAAAUUCGGUUCGGUUUUACCAAUUUAACAUCCCUAAAUUUACCUUUGGAGGAGUAUUUUCAUAAGAUAAUACUUAGUUGAGGGGUGGCCCUAAUUUGCCCAUACAUAAUAAGUGCUGAACUGUAAUUAUACUCGGAAUAUUAGUGACCAUAUGAUGCAUAUUAUUGAGAUAAUUAUUUGAUAAGUUAA